GCAUCUCUCUCUCGUCUCAAGUCUCUACAUUACACCCCUGUUUACUGUUACAGCCCAACCAAAUUAACAAUAGCAAAAUGGCAACAACACUGACUGGAGCUGGAGUGAGUCUCUCCACGACUACCACUCGAGUGCUGGCUAAGCCGGACACCGGCAUGCUCAGGCCGCCGUGCCUGAACCACCCAUGGAGGUUGCACAAAUUUGAAGGUCGUCGCUUGCGCAUCCAAGCCAUGGCUACUACACCUGAGAGAAUCUCCGAGAAGGUAGUCGAGAGCAUCAAGACUGCCGAGGAGGUCUGUGCCGGUGACCCCGUGAGCGGUGAGUGUGCAGCGGCGUGGGAUACGGUGGAGGAGUUGAGUUCUGCCGCAAGCCAUGAACGACAGAAGAAUAAGGAAUCAGACCCAUUGGAGACUUACUGCAAGGACAACCCGGAGACGGAUGAAUGCCGCACCUACGAUAAUUGACGGUUUUCUCUUAUUUUUCCACAUGCCUCCUCGUAUCUCCCUUUUAUAGGAACUUCACAUGUGAGCUAUUAUACAUUGCCUAUUUAUAUUAGAUUGUAAAGUGAAAGCCAUCACCCAUGUAAAGACUGGAUCUCUGAAACAAGCUGUCGUCGCUUUACUUGGUGCAUCUGGUACCAUGCUGAAUUGCUGAUUAUAAAUUGCUAGUUAUUGUUACUUGCCUAA